UGUUAAAUUCACACAUAUAUCACAGAGCUUAAUCAAAGCUAUAAAACAUUUAGCAAGAGCAUUUAAAGGACGCGGAAUUCUCAGGGGAUAUUGCUCUAUUUCUUAUUUAUUCUUAUAUUAUUAUUAUUUAUUAUUAUUCUUAUGAACGAUGCAAAAACUGCCAAAUGAGCCGCACGAGCACAAGGCGGGCCAAACAAACCAGCAGCCACAGCCACAACAUUCUACACAAGUAGAUAGCGAUAGUAUUUCUCCGGAUCCUGACAAAAAGGAGACAUAUGAGCGCCUAGAAAUAUUUAUAAAGACAUUUGUUAUCAGAUUUAUAAAAACAUUAAACCAAUACAGAAACGAGAUAUCAUCAAAAAAUAAUACAACGGCAGAAAAUGCAGCAGGGGAAACAGCUGCAAAAGCGAUAGAGCAGAUCUCUCUGUGGGCAUCAAUUGCAGUGUACCCACUCGUUGUUGCUGCAAAAUAUUUCAGUAAUAGAAUUCAUAGAAAAAAAGCUAAGACAGUUGUUGAAGUGUUUAGACGUAUAAAAGAAGAAGAAUUAGAAAAUAUGUUGGCAGAAGCUGGUGGUAAUAUCUUUUACAAGUGUCAAACUCAGUUUAAUACGAUCACUGAUAAGUAUUUGGCAAGAGCAAUAGAAAAGUUAGCAAUAGAUGCCACGAGAAGAGUAAUAAAUUAUGUUAAUCGGUAUAAACAGGAUAAUCCAGAUAUGGAUGUCUCUGUUAACUUAAUAAUCGAAGGUGUAAAGUUAGGUAAAUCUAGACAAAACUUUAUAAUAACAGCAAUGCAAAAAAUCCCUAAACUGCCUAAACUUGGACAUACAAUUGAAAUAUGUGAUAAAAAAUAUAAAACUUCAGAAGUGUACGAGAAUCUAGCAAAAAUGGAUGAUGGUACCACUGGCGAAUACUGUAGUAAAGAAGGCAAUGGUAGUGAUUCAAGAAAGUCAAAGGACACAUCAGGAUCGACACAGAUAUCGAACGAGGACAGUCAGGAAGUGAUAGAACAACCUGAGGAAGAACACAAGUACAUUUUAUCAUUAGAGGAGGUGAUAAAAGAAGCAAAAGAAGUAUUAAAUAAACUUUACAAAGAAGAUGAUUCGUUUUUAGGAAGAACAUUAAAAAAUGGAAUGGAAAAUAUUAGUCAAGGGAUUGAUAAAGUGAAUGAUACAGCAAAAAGUACACAGGUAAGAAAACCAAUUUAUUACAAUAUGAAAAAUCCAGUAAAGUCGUUCACUGGAAGAGGUAAUGAGUUAAUAUGGUUACACGAAAAAUUACAAAACAAAGAUAGAAGAGCACUAAUAACACAAGCGACUGCUGUUAUUGGUCUGGGAGGAAUAGGCAAGACUGAAUUAGUUAGAAAAUAUGCUAUAGAAUAUGCUGAACACUAUAAUAACAAUGUUAUAUGGAUAGAGUCUGCAACGGAUGAAAUUUUAACGUCGUUUAAAGACUUAGCAGUCGAAGAGUUGAAAAUACCGAUCAAUGAAAAAAUAGGUGAAAAUAUGCAAGAAAGACAAGUUAAAUCUAUCGUUAAAGAUGUUUAUACGCACUUUAUCGACGUGAAAAGUCUUUUUAUAUUCAAUAACGCCGAAGAGUACACAGCUAUUGCAAAAUUUUUACCAACCUCUUUACCUCCUAGUGCUGAAAGACCUUACAUUUUAAUCACUUCUCGUAAUCGGGACUGGGAUAUAGGUUAUGAGGGACAAAUACAUGUAAUGGAAUUAAAUGUUUUUACUCAAAAAGAAGCUACGAUGUUUAUUAAAAAUUCCAUAGAAAUAAAAGAUGGUUUAAAAAAGGGAGACAUAAAAAUGUUAGCAAAAAGAUUACAAUACUUUCCACUAGCCUUGGGGCAAGCAAUUACAUAUAUCAAUCAAGAGGAAAAGUCCAGUAGAAGAGGCGGUGAAAGAUUUAAGAUAAGCGAUUAUUUGAAAAAACUUGAUAAAAACACAAAAUUACUUAACGAGGGUUGCCACAAAAUUAAGUACAGAUAUUCUGAAACAGUUUUAACAACUUGGCUAACUACCUUGAAAAAGAUAGAAGAAGAUGAAAAUCAUGGCAUGAAAGCUAUAGAUAUUUUAAAUGUCAUGGCUUAUCUUGCUCCUGACAAGAUUCAUGCAAGCAAAAUGUUUGAUCGUGAUGGCGUUGAGCUAUGCGAUAAAUAUUUAAUGAUUGAUUUAAAAGAAGGGGGAGUGGCAAGUAUUCACAGAUUAGUACAGGAAGUAAUAAGACUAAUGUUGAAAGAGAAAAAAGAAGAAGAGGAAGUUAUAGAAAAGGCUCUAACAUUAAUAGGAAAUAAUGAAAAUAUAUGUAAAGAGAAUACAAGUCAUGUUACUUCUGUUUGGAACUAUGCAAGUGGAUAUAGCAACUUAAUCGAUAAAUUUUAUUUCAAUUCUAACUCUAUUCCUACUUGCGGCUAUAAUAACGCUACCCCUUUGCAUUUGCUCGCUGAAAAUGGCAAUGAUGUAGCAGUUAAGGCUAUAUUAGACGAGGCUAUACUAAUGAAUGAUGAAAGAUUUCCAGAGAAAUUUAGUAAGAUUAUUGAUGCUAAGGAUAAGUAUAACAGAACUCCUUUAUAUAUGGCUGUUGAAAAUGGUCACGCAAGUGUUGUUAAACUAUUUGUAGAUAAGAAAGCAAAAAUUGAUAUUAGGUCUACUAUUGUUUACGAUUCUCUAUCUACAAAAAAGGCUUCAGACUGGACGUUAUUACACGUUGCUGCUUUUAACGGCUACUCAGAUAUCGUUACAAUUCUUGUCAAUACGAACAGAGGGCUGGUUGAUAUUAAGGAUAAUAUUGGUAGAACAGCAGCAGUUUUGGCUGCUUCCACUGGCCAGAUAGACACUCUUAAAAUUCUAGAGCCUGAGCAAUAUAAUGUAUAUUUAUUGCAUGCUAAGUUUCGUGCUGCUAGAAAAAGUGGCAACUUGGAAGAUCUCAAGAAUUUUCUAAACAACCUUGAGAAGAAACAACAACUACAGGAUAUAGUAAACGUGAAAUUAGGAGAAUGGGCUCCUUUGCAUUUGGCUGCAUUUGCUAAUUGGCUAGACAUUAUACAAAUUCUUAUAACGAAUAAUGCCAAAGUUAAGGAUGAUGAACCUAGCUUCACACCCUUACACUGUGCCUCUUCCAAUGGUCAUUUAGACGUAGUAAAAUAUUUUGUACGGGAAACGAGAGCACGUCCUGAAGAUAUUAACGAAGAUGGUUGGACAUCGUUGCAUGCCGCUGCUCAAAAUGGCCAUCUGGAUGUUGUAAAAUAUUUUAUAGAUGAGUUUAAAGAAAUUGAUGUAGAUAUUAAUGAUAACUUUUGCGCUACACCUUUGCAUACAGCUGCUUUUCAUGGGAAACUUAAUGUUGUUGAAUUUCUCUUAAGUAGAGGAGCGAAUAUCGAAGCGGUUAAUAUAUUAGGAGCAACACCUUUAUUUAUCGCUGCUAUAAGCAAUAACCGUGAUGUUUAUGACUUCUUGCUAAACAAAGAUGCAACAGUGGUUAACACUAGCGAUGAUCAAACACUUAUUGGUAGGCUUAACAUUUCAGUGUUACACGUUGCUGCUGUAUAUAAUGAUAAACAAAUGAUUGAAGAUUUGAUAAAUAAAGGUGUAGACAAGGAUAUUGGCGAUGAUAUCGGCCUAACUCCAGUAUGCUUUGCUACAUUUUUCGAUAGUUUGGAAGCUACUGAGUAUUUAAUUGCCAGCGGGGCUGCUACCGAUGUACCUAUAAAUAUUUCUUUUAUAAAAAAAGUCCUUGAAGAAACAAAAAAAGGUAGUACUUCGAAAUCUAGUAGUAUGCCUAAAUUUGUUAGCACAUUGAUUACUUUUGCCAAUAUCUUUGAUAAUGGCACAGAAAUAUCAGUAAAUGACUUGAAGCGUACCGUUGAAAAAUUAUGUACUUCAUUUCCCGAUUUUCGACGGCUAAUAGAUAGUUUAAAGAUAUAUCUAGAACAAAGGAAAAAUCCAGAUUUAGAUCUUCCCUUGCACGCAGUAUUUUUUACACAAAAAUUUGACAUUAAUUAUAACGAUGGUGAUGAAUAAUAGAACGUUUUCGAGUCAGUGGAGUAUUUAGCGUAGAUAAUAAGACGCGGAAACUUCUCUCGAGGAACCAUAUCAGGCAUCGGUGUUCGCGUCGGACCGCCGAUAAUCUAAACAUUUCCCCGACAUCGAACCGUCGAUAAUUGGGGUCGGUUAAGACCCUUCCUUGUCCACCAACCUUCUUCUUAUCCAAUCAGAAACAACGACUAUUGCCCUCACUUUCCUAGCCAAAAUUGUCAUCAACAAAUCCGAUGGUCCCGUACGCUAGACACACCUAACAUCGCUAACUUUCUUCCGCCGCAGCAUCGUCACCGAACUUGACUGGAUUUUCAGUUUUAAAUCAGCGAACAUCUCUGGACUGAUUUUACAUCCUUAGAUCUCCUUAGUCGCAUCUCUUGAUCAAGUUCUA